GGAAGGCUGAAUUAGAAUGGCCCCAUUACCCAAAAACUCUAUAGACCACUUCACUCACCCUCACCCUCUAACUGCAGCUGAUGAUAUCAACCAAGAAUUCUCCUGUGAUGGCUGCAAGACUCUCGGAAACGGGAAGCGAUUCCGCUGCAACGCCUGCGAUUUCGACCUCCACGACUACUGCGCCACCUGUCCCCGCUCCCUCUCAUCCUUCAUGCACCCCCAUCCCCUCACCCUCGUCCUACGGAAGCCGGCAUCCGCCAAGGCCGCCCGCCUAGUCGACCGCGUCUGCGACCUCUGUCGCGAAACGGUAGAUGGGCUCUUCUACCGGUGCAAGGAGUGCGAGUUCGACGUGCACCCACUCUGCACGCAGCUGCCGGAGAAGCUCAACCACGCCCUCCACACCAUCCAUCCUUUGAUCCUCCAGUCCUCGCCUGCAGAGGGCUCCUGUGCCGUCUGCAGGCGCCUAUGUGGCGGGUGGCGUUAUGGGUGCCGUGUUUGUAGGGUUGACAUUCACUUGGAGUGCGUGUUGGAACCCGUGGUCGGGUACCAACAACAUGACCGUAGUAUUGGUCAAGAGGGAAUCCCCAUGUUCGAUCAUAGCAUGGGGAUUCCCUUCCAUGCCCCACAUGGGUUUGCUCCAUUUUACGGGUACCCAGGUUAUGACCCUAGGUUCAAUAUGUACCAUGGUGGUCAAUACAUGUAUCCAUCUGCAAAUUUUGGGUUACAAACCCAAAAUUUGCAGGUGGGGGCAAGUAAUAAUAAUAAUAAUAAUGAGAGUCGAGUGGGAAAGUCAAUGUUUGGUCUAGUAAAACAGCUUGGAUUUGGAGCGAUAUCAAAUACUCCCUCUGUCCCAUUAAAAAUGCAACGUUUUCCUUUUUUGGUUGUCCCAUUAAAAAUGAAACGUUUCCUAAAAUGGAAACAACUCUAUCUCUACUUUUUCAUCUCUCUUACUUUACUCUCUCUUCAUUAACUCACAAAACAACACUACAUAAAAUCCCGUGCCGAUUCCCAAAUGUUGCAUUUUAAGUGGGACGGAGGGAGUAUGAUUUUUGGAGUGGAUGUAUCUGGGCUAUUUUUAGGGACUGGUUAAUGUGUAACUUAAUUGCAUUUGAGGAGAAAUUCUUGUUUUUUCUUGUUUAUAAAUAUUGCGUAGACGGAUAUAUCAAAUAAUAUCCCUUUUAGCUU